ACUUAAUUUUCCUGGUCCUGUCGUUCUCCGAUAUAUCCUAAAGGCCCACCCUGCUGGCUCGUGGCCGUUCGUGCAUCCGUACCUACAUAUCUAACCCACCAUCCACCCUUCUACCCCCCGACCUCGUUCUUUUUUGCACUUUGCCUGCCACAAAAGAGCUGCAAGUUUGUCGUGUCCCUGCACCAACAGACAACCCGCCCCCAAGGAACCCCAAGACGCCCGCCCAAUCCUAAGCAAGACCGUUGGAUCGUAGCUAGGCAAAUACCACAGUGAAUUCAAUUGCGAAAAGGAUCGAGCGUCAGCUGUCAAUUAGUCGCAAAGCAAGGCGAGCCGCCCAAACUAGCCCGAGACUAUUAUUAGCAGAGCGAUAGAGAGCAAGGGAAGCUUUCCAAUAUUAAGGCACAACCAAAAAUUAGUAGCACGACGGUUUUUGAAACCAAAACACCAAAAGUCAAGUUUCAACAGUCGAGGUUGAGCUGGGGUUUUUAAUCGAGAAAAGAAGAAGAGAGGAUAUUCGAAAAUUCGACGGCAUUAGAAUCGCCGCAAGGAAACGGCCUUUCCCACCUUUGCUUUCUGGACAAAGCAAUUGGUACUAAUUAAAGGCCUAUCCCGGCGACAAGAUGUCUCUAAAGCAGGAAAUAGAAACGUGGGUAUCGGCCCUGAGCCGGUAUGACAACAAUGAGUUCGAGGAGGCGCUCAAAGAGUUCGACGGCAUUUCGGAUACGUCCAAGAUCCUAUUCAACAUGGGUGUUAUACAUGCGACGCUAGGAGAGCACGAAAAAGCUGUCGAAUGCUACCAGAGGGCAAUCCAACUAGAUCAAUACCUGGCUGUGGCCUAUUUCCAGCAAGGAGUGUCGAAUUUCUUACUAGGCGACUUCGAAGAGGCGCUAGCGAAUUUCAACGACACCCUGCUAUAUCUCCGAGGCAACACGAUGAUCGAUUAUGCGCAGUUGGGUCUGCUUUUCAAGCUAUACUCUUGCGAGGUCUUGUUCAACAGAGGUCUCUGCUAUAUCUAUCUACAGCAAAAGGAGGCGGGUUUACAAGACUUGAAUUAUGCAGUGAAGGAGAAGGUGGUAGAGGAUCACAAUGUCAUCGACGAGGCUAUCAGGGAAGAGGCCGAGGGCUACACCGUAUUCUCCAUCCCCGUCGGCGUCGUAUACCGACCCAACGAAGCCAAGGUGCGAAAUUUGAAGACCAAGGACUACCUAGGCAAGGCCCGCCUAGUCGCCGCCUCCGACAGGGCGAACGCAUUCACAGGCUUCGCCGGAUCCGAGAUCAAGAACGCGGGGAGAGCCGCCGAGAAGGACGACCGUCCGACGGAGAACCUCUCGUUCGCGGCGACGAACCUGGUCAAGCCGGGCUUGCAGAGCAGGAGGCAGCAGUCGGAGCCGCCGGCAAGCCGCAACGCGUUCCCGCCGACGCCGCCGCCCGAGAACGACAAGCCAGCGUCGACGAUGAGCCGGGGCGCGUCCGUCCGCAACGGGCCCAAGCCGAUGCCGGCACGCCUCAAUAUCCCCGAGACGGGCAAGAGCAGCCGCUACGACAAGACCAGCUCGCCGCAGAGCGAGCGCAAGGCGCCCUCGCGCGCCAUGUCCGAGGCCCGGUCACCGCCCCAGCGGUCCUACUCCAGGGCCGACGGGCCCCGCACCCGGCGCUCGAGGAACGAGGACGACGGGUACCCGGACGACGUGUACGAUAUGUACGGCAGCGGCAAUGGAGGAGGAGGGGGAGGCAAAUCGCAGAGCCGAAGGAACCAGGCAAGGUACAUCGAGGAAGAGGAGGAGGCGAGCGACUACGACUCGUUCGACGAGGGCGACUUCGAGAUGAUCUCGAACCGGCGCCCGGGCACGUCGGUGGCGGGCGGGUCGUCGCGGGGCGGGUCGCGGCGCCCGGACAUCCGCAAGGUGCGGAUCAAGGUGCACGCCGAGGACGUGCGGUACGUGAUGGUGCCGACGACGGUCGAGUUCCCGGACCUGGCGGACCGGAUCCGCGAUAAGUUCGGGCUGAGGCGCCGGUUCAAGCUCAAGGUCAAGGACGAGGAUUCGCCUGGCUCGGCCGAGAUGAUUACGAUGGGCGACCAGGAUGAUCUGGAGAUGGUGAUGAUGAGUGUUAAGUCGCAGGCGAGGAAGCAGAGGCUGGAUAUGGGGAAAUUGGAGAUAUGGGUGCAAGAAAUCUAGACGUUUUUUCUCUCCUUCGUGUGCGGCAAUGACGAUUACAACGAUACCCAAAAACAAUUGCGAUCCGACUUCAUACGACGUAAUGAAGAAGUCUCUAUUUGGCUUCACUCACCAUUUACAAUAUACAAUUCAUUUGGUUUUAAACUACUCCCUAUCUAUCUACCUAUUACCAUUUAUUACCUACUUUAUUUUAUUUUACCGUCUUCUUUUUUUUACAUCCAAUUCAUAUACAUCAUAUUCUUUUUUUAUUGAAAAGCCUAGUUUCUAAAUAAAUAUCCUAAGAUCUCGCGUAACGAGUGGGAAUCCCGCGGGCUGAUUUCAGGUUUUGUCUGCAAUGCGUUAUGAAACGAAAAGCGCGACAGUUUCAAGAUCGACUCCCUAUUUGCCACUCCCAACUCCCAAUCCCAACCCCCAUCUAAC